GGUUUUACAGACAAUUUUCUGAUAUUUUUUGUAAAGAAAUUAUGUAAACUCUUUGUUUAUUUUAUGCAUGUCUAUACUCUGUUUUGUUUCUUGCCAUAGAUAACUGCUCAUUGCUUUGAUUUGGUGACACAUUUCUUUUACUUCUUUUUUUCUCUUGGAAGAAUGGAUGGGUUUUUUGCUGGGAUGGAUUGUAGAUUAAGGGUUUCUAUAACUGAUUCUAUUAUGAUGUCAAUUUUGCACUCUGCAAUGGAUAAAGCCCAUGAAAAAGUGAAGUCCAAAGAAGGAGAUAUAGGGCGUUUGAAUGAGAUAACAAAGUUUUACGAAUUGGCAAUAAUGCAAUUGGAAGGUUGUUUGAAUUUUGUCGAAGAAGAGACGGACAACUACAUCCCUGAAAGCUGCCAUGAAAAGAUGCUCCUGGAUGUGAAAGAAAUUAGAGACCGGCUUCGAGGACGUCUUAAGGAAACUGAGUUUGCUCUCUCAGAGAAGGAUAGAGAGUUAACUGAGAGGUUAGAGAAUGAGUUGAAGCUUAGGCAAGCAUUGGAACUAAAAGAAGCAGAGUUAAUCUCCCUUUGUACUGACCUUGAGGUUGAAAAAACAAAGAGUGAGGGUCUUCAAGAGUUUAUUUUGAGCAAUCGGAUAAGUGGGGAUGAAAAUAGAGAAGGUGAGCUUUGUGAAUUAAAGAAUAAUGUAGAUCAGAGGGUUUGGAAUAUUAAACAAAAGCUUGAGGAUGAGCGGAUGAAUAUAACAAGUGGGAUGAGGAAGGUCAACCAGGCCCCUUCCACUCUGGUAAAUCUUGAGGCUGAUUCUGGACUGGGAGACAAGGAACAGGGUUGGUCUAUUGAAAGUAAUGAAAUUGAGCUUUGUGAGAAGGUGAACGAUAGUGAGAGCGAGCGCUCAAAUUAUUCCAUCAGGCCAGAAGUGAACAUAGGAUUCGAUCAAAUGAGCUCGGAACUAGAGAGCCUAAGAGAAGCUUUGGACGUUACUUUUGGAAAGAUGCAGAAUGCAAUUUUCUUGUCUGAGGUGGGAACAAUAGAGCAGCAAUGGAGGUGGACUAUUGAGAAAGACACAAUAUCCAUCUUGACUAAAGGCUUCAUGAGGGAUUUUGGGGAGAAUUUUGAAGGGGAAAUGAGGAAGUGCAAAAAGCAAGCUUCUCUUUUCUUCUUAAGUGAGCAAUGGACUGAUUUAGUGAAUGAUAUUACUAUUUUGCGUGAUGAACUUGUGCCUCUUGGUGGUCAAAAUGAGGUGCAGAUCAAUAGUACCAACGAUCAUGAAACUUUAGCUCCUUCAUCCCAAACAAAUACUGGGUUUAAGAUCUCUCAACAUGCAAGAGAAAACUGUUUACCAGAAUGCAAAAUUUGUGGCAAACCUGAUAAUUCCUCCUCAAAGGUUGAAGAAUUGGACCAUAUGGAAAAGGCACUUGAAGAGGAUCUAGAAGGGGACAGAAGCCACCUUGUUGCAAAGAUGAUAAAGAGCCAUGAAUCCAUUAUCAGGAAAAAAUGUGAAGAGCUGAAUUUGGUGAAGGGGGAAAUUCUCCGAGAGAAGGGACUUUCAUCUCGCAGGAGUGACAAGGAUCCUGAUGGUCCAAAAAGAAGGAUUGAAGAAGUUAUUGUAAAAUUGAACAAUUUAAUCAAAUGGAAAUCUGAGUUAGGUGAAACUUUUCAUGAUGAUUUUGGCAUCCAUGAGGAGCAAAAUUUUCCUGAGAAAAGGUUAUCAAGACUUGAUAUAACUGAUCAAUUGGAAAUGGGAAUUGAUACUUCAGAAGAUGUUAUGGAGAAAGUGGGUAGCGAUACAGUUUCUCUUGCAGGAGAUGAAGAACUGCAGACUGAGAUAAAGAAACUAAAGCAAGAUGUGGAAGAUUUAGCUUUGCAAUCCAUGAUAAUGGAAGCAACUAAUGUCAUUCUUUUUAAAGGAUUGAUGAAAGAAUUUUAUAUCAAGUUCUAUAAUCAUGAUGCCGAGACUCUGAUAAGGGAGUGUAUAUGUUGGGACAUCUUUAGGGAAAUGGUCAUUGAUUGGAACCAGAACCUUGAAAGCAGUGAAGCUGAAGCCCAGAUCCGGGAAGAAAUAUAUUACAUUAUCUUCAAUGAAGCAGUUAAGGAUUUUGGAUGUACUCAUGCCUUUGCAUUAGCAAAAAAUCAGGGUGCCAAAGCUGGUGUUAGCUGUCUGGAAGACUCAGCAUCUACAAAUAUGUUGUUGCAUGACUUGGAGGGCAUAAUAAGGGAGGAUGUAUAUGCAGUUUUCAUCAUGGAAAUGGUUGAGGAAUGGAACAAGGUCAUAGAAAGUUAUAAGUCUGAGAGUCUUCUUAGGGAAGAUAUAUAUUGGAUUGUCUUUGAUGAGACUAUAAAAGAUAUUGUGAACAUCUCCAAUUCCCCAUUAAGUCAACAGCAAGGGGUUAGAGUUCUGGACAAUUCUCUGUGCAACUUCCCAUUUACCAAUGAGUUAUCUCAAAGUUUAGAAACCCUAGUGAAGGAGGACAUUUGUAUGGUUUUCCUCAAGGAAAUGGUUCAGAAUUGGAGAAUGGAUAUAGAUGCUUAUAACAUGGGGAGCCUCAUUGAGGAAGAUAUAUAUAAAUAUGUCAUUGUUGAGGCAAUGAAAAAUGCUUAUAUCUUUCCAACAGAAUCUGAAGGCCAGAAUCCAGAAAAUUUUCCAGGCAACUUGUUCUCUGCUAACAAGUUAUAUGGAAUUGAAGAGGAAAGUGGAGAUGGAAGUUUGAUUCAGAAACUAAAUUCACUGCUAAAAUCUUUUUAUAUGGGGGAAGACUUGAUGCUGAGUGCAAGCUCAAAAUUAAAGGAACAUAAUGCAUAUAUUAACCUUGUGGGGUUGCGAUGUGGAUGGUUGAAGUGGGAUGACUUGUUUGAAGAGCUGUUGACUGAGGAGGAAAGCAUGAUCAGUUCUGUAAUUAGCAAAAUAGAGAAGACUUUGCAGCACUUAAUUAUGAGUAAGGAUCUAUUGAGCAACUUGGUAUCUAGUAUAGGCAUAGAUGUAGGCAAUUUGGUAAAGGUUCAUGAUCAGAUGACUCCUAUUGAAGGUGUUGCACGUGACGAAGUGCACCCAUGCCCACCAAAAGAAACACAGUCAGACCCAUCUAAUUUUGCGUUCUCCAAUUUCAUUGGAUUUCCACAACUACUUGUGAAUUUUGAGGAUGCAGUUAACAAAAAAUUGAGAACAAAUGCUUUGAGGUUGGAUGAGGUAAAAAAUAAAUUAGAAUCACUUGUUGAACUCAUUGCCUCACUAAGCCAAAAAGAGUCGCUUUACAGGAAUGCUUUUAUGAGGAGGUGCCAUAAUCUCCAGAAGGCUGAAAUUGAGGUGGAUCUGUUGGGUGAUCAAGUGGAUGUUCUUCUGGGCCUACUUGAGAGAAUAUACUUGACACUGGAUCGGUAUUCACCAGUUUUGCAGCAAUAUUUUGAGGUCUCGGACAUCUUGAAGUUGAUCAGGAAUGUAUUAAUUGGCACGGCUGCUUAGUUUUCAAGUCCAAAGAAAGUGAAUCAGACUGGUCCUUGAGGGAGUAGAGAGCAGAAAGCAUUUUGACAACAAUUGCCGUGUUGCAAAUUUCAAAGCUUUCAAGCUGAGUAGCUCUGCCUAAAACUUUGCCCAUAGGGAAAACUAUGAAAUGGGGCCUCAUCCAAUGCCAAUUUGCAGCUGUAGAACUUCAUUCUCUCUGUUAUUGUUUCUACAAUUGCACUUUUUGAUUAUCAUUCGUUAAAUAUUUGAAUACCCUGCUUGUUCAAGGAAACUUUUAGAGAUUAGCCCCACCUCUUAUUUGGUAGCUUGGAAUUUAUUAUUCUAAACCAGACAGGGAGCAUUCCACUCAACUAUUACCGUUAGGUUCUUUGAACGCAUGCAGUGUUCUUUCCAAUCUCUAUGUAUUUGACCACUCCAUCGAAAGUUCCCUCUACCCUUACCAUACUCUACCUUGGUAGUUUUCACCACCCGUCUAGGGUUGGGAUUUGACGAUGGACUUAAAAAACCACCUACAGACCCUUUACGUCCAAUCAUUCCAGAUGAUACUUGCAUUCUCUGUAUUACCACGACUGCUGACAUAGAGCUAAUUGAUGCUUAUUCCUUAGAUACCUUCAUUA